CGGUGAUCUUGAAGCAUGCAACAGCCCGUAGGCGAUAAUGAUCGCGUGACGGUACCCCAGAGCAUUGAGACGAUGCUCUUCUCGGUGGAAGUCACACAGAGCCUUCCGCUAUCCCCUGACAAAGGAGGGAAGGCCGUACAACCACCAUGCGCAGCAUCAUUGCCAGUGAUGUACGAGUUCGUCAUCUCGUUUGGCUUCCUCACGACGUGGACUGUACAUCACCGAUACUCGGAAGCUCGCGCGUUUCGCAAGGCGCUUCGCUCCAUCGUGCACGACUCGUCUUCCCAAUGCUGCAGUGGCGAGGCCGCGUUCUCGCGCGAGUUGGUCGCCGUCGUCGACACGGGGUUGCCAUUAUUGUCCCAUCGGUUCUUCCAUCUGUGGCAGUCCCGCGCCAACUUCAUCAAGGCACGCGCCCAAGCAUUGCAAUCGUUUGUCGAGUCUCUACUGAACGCCCACGCGCGAUGCAUCAUGGAAUGCGCGCAUGUUUCCCGUCAAAGUUGUUGCGACGUUGUUCGGCAUCUUCACACGUUCCUAUCCAUGGACAAGGACCCGUCCAUUCUGCAAAACAUCGGUGGCUACCUCCAGCCACCUCCUGUACCCACCGCCAUCCCCCCAGUCAGCAUCGCUGUCGACUCCAUCGCAUCAGACUCGACGGAGGCCACUCAAGGCACUAGUGUCGUGUCCACCAUACUCUAACGCGAUCGAUUCGUUUAUAACAUACUGCACUUCUUGCUCCAUCAACCAUAUAUUUCUU